AUGGCGGACGAGGCCGACGAAGUGGCCAAUUUCCCCACAGAGUUCCUCAACGCUUUGGUACCGGACGGCCUGCCGCCGUUCCGGCUGAAGUUGGAGGUGGGGUGCAUCGUGAUAUUGCUCAGAAAUCUCGAUCCGAGGAGACGACUGUAUAACGAUACGAGGUUGGUGGUAACCGAUCUGCGGACUCACAAUUUCAAGGCGAAAAUUUUGGGCAGUGACCCACAGGACGAAGACAUCGUCCUGCCCAUCCUACUGCGGCGCCUUCAAUUCCCGGUGAGGUUGUCGUUCGCCAUGACCAUCAACAAGUCGCAGGGUCAGACGUUCGACAGGGUAGGUUUGCUACUGACGUCGCCCCCGUUCACUCACGGGCAGCUGUACGUAGCGUUUUCGAGGGUGAGAAACGCACAGUCCAUGAGAGUCGGCAUGUACGCCGAUGACAGCGUGCGAUUCGUCACCAAGAACAUUGUGUACAGGGAAGUUCUGUAA